AUGUUCAUCAGCGGUACAGUCGACAUGACCCAACAAGCUUCUGCCAAGAUGCUAUCAUUGGGUCUCGGAGGAGGAAAUUUGAAUUCAUAUCUGCACCACAACUAUCCUAAUGUAAGAAAAGAUGAACAUAACAGUUGUCGAAUACGAUCCUCAAAUGCUGAACAUUUCAAAGAGAUGGUUCGAUCUGAAAUUAGACGACAUGCGAGUGAUUUAGCGGAUGGUUUAAAUUCCUUGAAGCAGGCGGCAAUAAAAGGUGAGAAAUAUGAUGUCAUACUUUUGGAUGCAUGUGGACCAGAUAACGCGCUUUUGUUCAUCUGCCCUGCUGAUGCGUUCGUGGGGAUCAAUAUGGCAAAGAAUUUUAGUAAGCUAUUGGAUAAAAAUGGUAAGUUCCACACUAUGAGAUACUAG